AUGAACGUGCAGGAUAGGAGGCGAAUUUUGGGGCCCGCUGGGGCCAAACCGCUGGCUUUUCUGCGGACCGAGCAACAGGAGAAACCGCAACGGGACGUCCGCACGCCGAGGUACACGACACGGGUCACUGCGAACAGCAACGGGUCGAGUCUUGUUGAGACAGAGAGCAUGUCGUUGCUUACUGCAGUAUACGGCCCGCGGCCGACGCGAGAGCAGCAGUUCCGCUCGAAUGGGACCGUCAACGUCGUGCUUUCGCGCAGCGAAAGGUUUCCGACGGGCCAGUUGAAGGAACUGGGCGCGUUUCUCGUGAGUGUGUUAGAGUCCUGUGUGUGCCUCGAGAAGUACCCGAAGUCCGGGAUCGACGUGUUUGUCAGUUUCAACAUCGAGGACUGUGCGUCCCUUGCUGAUUACCUCGUGCAGCUCAUCCCAGGGAUAGUAUUAGCGCUAGUGGACGCAGGGAUAGAGAUGACGGAUCUUGUGUGCGCUGGUGAACACGAGGGCACAGUCGUGUGCUUCGGCGACGCGGGGAACAAGAUCGUAGGCGUGUGGGCCGAUGAGGGCCCACUCCCCUCGGAUAACGUUGCAGAACUGAUCAACGCGUGCAGGGACGGGUACACUUUGCAACGUGGACUUGUCUCGACCUUUCUGCAACAGUGA